AUGGCAGGUGAGGAAGUGUCACCACUAGCACAAGUCAACCCAAUUGACAAGGAAGCCUUCAAGUUGGGGUUCAUUGGGGCUGGUAACUUGGCAUCAAGUGUUGCAACCGGAUUGGUCAAGCAGGGUAUAGUACCAGCUUCAAGAAUUUUCACGGCACACCGGAACCCGGAAAGCAGGGUGAAUUUUACAUCCAUGGGAAUUAAGGUUUUCCCCAAAAAUCAUCAGGUAGCUGAAGAGUGUGAUGUAAUCAUUUUCGCAGUGAAACCUCAAAUACUUAAGGAAGUAAUCUUGGACUUACGGCCACUACUUUCACAAAAUAAACUUCUUCUGUCACUUGCUGUGGGACAUAAAUUGCAAGCUCUGCAGGAAUGGGUCGGUCAUGGUCGAUUUGUUAGAGUAGUCCCCACUACUGCUUCUAUCAUUGGUGAGGCAGCUACAGUUAUGCACUUGGGAGAAGCUGCAACAGAAAAUGACGGAGAACUAAUAGCAGAUCUAUUUGGAGCAGUUGGCAAGGUGUGGAAAAUGGAUGAGAAAUUGUCUGAUGCUGCUGCUGCAGUCGGCGGUGCUGGUACGGCAUUUGUAUAUAUAGCAAUAGAAGCUAUGGCUGAUGGAGGUGUAGCCGGAGGCUUACCACGAGAAAUUGCUUUGAGUCUUGCUGCUCAAGCUUUCUACGGAGCAGCUGCCAUGGUAAUGAAAACAGGAAAACAUCCAGGUCAGCUGAAAGACCAAGUUGCUUCACCAGGAGGAACCACCAUUGCUGGGAUUCAUGAGCUUGAGAAGGGUGCUUUUCGCGCAAGCAUGAUGAAUGCGGUUGUUGCUACUACCAAGCGUAGCCAUGAGAUGGGCCAAUGA